UAAACAUCCUGGGUCACUAGGCUUAGGCCAGAUUACAGAAAUGUCACUGAACGGACUUUUGUUACAAAAGUGUCACUGGAUUGAAGUUAAUAUUUCAACGGGAUGUCACGCUUACUAAACGAGCUGUUUUUUCUCUUAAACGAUGUCGUUCUAUGCUCACAUGGCAAUUUAUUCCCACAUCACCCCACUAUCAUUUGCCACGUCAACCUAAUGUCACCCUCACUUAACGUUAAAAAAUCAGAGCCAACAGUAAUAAACUUGUCUUCCCUUUUAUAUUCUUCGAAUAAAAUCCCCAAAAUGUAAAGAACCCUAAUCUUCUUCCCAUUCCUAAUUUCUUCGUGCUUUUAUUUUGUCCUUCUUUGAUUCGAGCCAAAAAUUACUGUCAGCCCUUAUUUCUCUACUUUGAAAUGGAACAUCCAAGUUUUAUUCCUAAUUGCCAUUGCAAUCAACCUGCGGUAUUGAAGACAGCUUGGACUCCAGCAAACCCAGGAAGGCGAUUCUUUGGUUGUCAUGGUUAUCAGUCUGGAGGUGGUUGUGAUUAUUUCUACUGGUAUGAUCAAGCUAUGCCUAAUAGAACAAGAUCUCUUCUACUUGGACUGCUGGAAAAGGUGGAAACACCAGAAAAGGAAAAUUACAAGAAGACAUCUAAAUGGACUUACGUGAAAUAUGUGCUGGUUCUUGUUUUUGUAUUUUUUCUUGGAAGAUGGAGCUGCAAUUAGUUUAGGUUGAAUUUAAUGGUUGCAGCUGCAAUUAGUUGUAUUGUUUUAGGAAGAUUGGAGCUGUCAAUUAAAUGUGAAUGUAACUGAAUGAAGUUAGUAAUGGAAGUUAAUUGUUGAAUUCUGAUUCAAAUGUUAUAGUAGGUAACUGUUAAUUGUUGCAUAUUAAGCUGUUGAACAGAGACAGACAAAAUACAAGAGAUAAAAUGC